CUCUCUCUCUCUCUAAGACUCAACUCUCUCUCUCUCUCUCUCUCUCUUCUUUCUCUAUGCUAACUCCUGAUUAGAAGCUCGAUGAGUGUUCUUGAGAUGAACAGCUCCGGUACGGCUCCAUGGCCACUGCGGCUUCUUUAGCUGAUCAAAUCGAGAUGCAGAGAUCGGGGUCUCUAACGCUAAGCGAGAGGAUUUUUGGGCUCUGUUUACCUCUGGUUGCCCUUCUCGAUGCCUUGUUUGGUGUCCUAGUCUGUUGCUUUGAGGACAGGCCUCGGAAGCCACAUCGUGGAUACGGAGAGGUUAUGGAACUGGCCAAGGACACACCUUGUAAAUACCUUCAUAUUUCACCCUUUAGCAUCAAUGAAGUGGAGGCAUUGUAUGAGCUAUUUAAGAAAUUGAGCUGCUCACUCGUUGAUGAUGGCCUUAUACACAAGGAGGAGCUUCAACUAGCACUGUUCAAGACUCCAUCAGGCGAGAAUCUUUUUGUCGAUAGAGUGUUUGAUCUUUUUGAUCAAAAGAGGAAUGGUGUCAUUGAAUUCGGGGAGUUUGUUCGCUCGCUCAGUAUAUUUCAUCCUCAUGCACCAAUAGAAGAUAAAAUUGAUUUUGCAUAUAGGUUGUAUGAUUUGAGGCAAACAGGAUAUAUUGAGCGUGAAGAAGUUAGGCAAAUGGUAGUUGCCAUAUUAACAGAGUCUGACAUGAACUUAUCAGAUGAACUUCUAGAAGCCAUUAUCGAUAAGACAUUUUUAGAAGCCGAUGUGGACAAGGAUGGUAAAAUAAACAGAGAUGACUGGAGGGAGUUUGUUAUGCGAAACCCCUCCUUACUGAAGAACAUGACUCUGCCUUAUCUGAAGGGAGGGAAAAAAAAACGGAGACCUUAGCUAGGUAAAAUGACUACAACGGCUGCAAUAGGGACCUCACUACGGCAUUCCCGAGUUUCGUCUUCAACUCUGAAGUUGAUGACUGAAAUGCUGAGUAUUUGAUAUGGACAUUGGCGGCUCAAAGUUCAUUGACAAGAUGCAGCUGGAGUGGCCAAUUGUUCCUGCUCAUUGCGACAAAAGAAUUUCUGCUUGCACAAUUCAAUUUGUUUAUUUGUUCAAAUUGGUGGUCAUUAUUCCGUUCUCUAUUGUGUAUGUAUUCUUAUAAUUGUUGUGGUUAUGCACAUUAUUGAAAUCAUUUCUGCAAAGCAUUGAAAAGUACAUUCCUCAAUUCUGUUAUUACAUGCAACAUACUUCCAUUGGGAUCCGAUUAUAAUUGGUUGUGUAGUUUGUAAUGUUUUCCCUGUAAAUUUGGACGGUUAAAAGUUGUACCAGAUUAUAGGCAAGCGAGUUCACCUGCAUUUUUCUUA